CACCCGUUAUAAGCAACCAGUGGGCAGCGUCUCUUUUUCGUUAAGAAUCAGAAACAAAGAAAAGGAAGCAGGGGGAGUUUUUAUUUUCAGAGAGAGAAAUUGAUAGUUUUCUACAACGAGAAAGCAACAGCAAACAAUCUCCUGUGAGCUCAGUUACUCCAAAACAGGCGUGCUGCUUUUGUUCUAAGAGAGGAAGUUGAAUCCCUACCUCCUCUUCAUUCCUUGAAGAGUUAAGAAUCCUUACAUGGGUCCAUUUCACGAAGCAGCUGAAAGAAACCAAAAUAAGCCCCCUAUUGGUAUUCGAUUCUUAGAGAGCAUAAAGAAGAAAAGGCUUUCCUACAGAACCCACCAAGCCAUUGUCUUGAUUGUAACUUUUUUGGCAUACACUAGCUACCAUGCUGCUCGGAAAACCACGAGCAUUGUCAAGAGCACCCUUGAUCCAGAGUCUUCCAAGGUGGAGUUGAAGUUUGUCCCAUGGAGGAUUACUUACUCAAGUGAACCAGUUGAAAGAAAAAGUCUUUCAUGGAAACUUGGAGAUGGUUGGGCUCCAUUUAAUGCCUCAGAUGGGACAGCCUUGCUUGGUGAACUCGACUUGGCUUUCCUUGCUAUAUAUGCCUUGGGAAUGUACUUUUCAGGGCACCUGGGUGAUAGAAUGAAUUUAAGGAUCCUUUUGACAAUAGGAAUGGUUGGAACUGGUAUAUUUACUUCAUUAUUCGGUGUUGGAUUUUGGGCAAAUGUGCAUAACUUUUACUAUUACUUGAUAGUGCAAAUGCUUGCUGGGCUGUUCCAAUCAACUGGAUGGCCUUCAGUGGUUGCAGUGGUUGGUAACUGGUUUGGGAAGAAGAAGAGAGGGCUAAUUAUGGGUAUAUGGAAUGCCCACACUUCUGUUGGGAAUAUUUCAGGCUCGUUGAUUGCUGCUGCAAUGUUGAGCUAUGGAUGGGGCUGGUCCUUUGUUUUGCCUGGUCUCCUCAUUGCUUUUGCUGGCUUGCUUGUGUUUACACUACUGCCUGUUAGUCCCGAGGCUGUUGGAGCUGACAAAGAUGAAGAUGAAUUGGAUUCUCCAAAUAAAGCUGGGGAGGAAGUUACAGAGCCCCUUUUAGUAUCGGACUCUGAUGUUAAACAGGAAGCUGUGGGGUUCAUUGAAGCAUGGAAAAUACCUGGAGUUGCGCCCUUUGCUCUCUGUCUAUUUUUUGCCAAACUGGUGGCCUACACUUUUCUCUACUGGCUUCCUUUCUACAUUAGCCAAACAGCCAUUGACGGAAAGUACUUAUCUGAUGGAACUGCUGGGAACUUGUCAACAUUUUUUGAUGUUGGAGGGGUGGUUGGGGGGAUUUUAGCUGGGCACAUUUCUGAUCGCCUAGAUGCCAGAGCAAUUACAGCAGCAAGCUUCAUGUAUUGUUCCAUCCCUGCUCUUUUCUUCUACCGGAGCUAUGGACACCUUUCCUUGGGUCUAAACAUUGCUUUUAUGCUUCUUACUGGCAUGCUUGUGAAUGGUCCUUAUGCUCUUAUAACAACAGCCGUCUCGGCUGACUUGGGAACUCACAGUUCCUUGAAAGGGAACUCGAGGGCAUUGGCAACUGUUACGGCAAUCAUAGACGGAACAGGCUCGGUCGGAGCUGCAAUCGGACCUUUAUUAACAGGUUACAUUUCUGCUAAGAGCUGGAGUGCAGUUUUCACAAUGUUAAUGGCUGCAGCUCUAGUUGCAGGUCUACUAUUGACUAGACUUGUUGUGGCUGAAGUGGCUGCAAAGAUUGCUGAAUCGAGGUCUCAAGGAUCUCCUGCAUCAAAAGCACAAGCAGCUGCAUUUGAUGUGUGAUUUAUGGAGGGAGGUAACAGGGGUUAUAUCUAUAUUUGCGAGUGGUUUUCAGAGUGUUUUAUGAGCUCUGCUGAUUAAAAUGACGAGGAAAAUUCCUCUUGAUAGGGUUGAAGAUGGGAGAGGAUGCUUUUAAACCUAAAUCACUUGAUGGGGAUGAAGAUGAGAGAGGAUUGUUUUUAAACCUUCUCCAUGAAUUAGUUUGACCGGGGGUAGAGGUAGGGAAGAAAUGGAGGGAAGACAGGGUCUGUCCUGUACUCCUAUGUUUUUUGUGUAUAUGUACAUUUUUUCAUACGUUAUAUAUCAAUUUAAGCAAUGUAACAUCACCCAGAAGGGCUGUUAAGAUUC